GGAAAGUGGGUAUUACGGCUUUGGCCGUGGCUGCACAACAUGUCGCUUGACCGGCCGAGUCGGAUUGUUAGGCCACCAUUCCCACUUUGCUUAAACGCGACGAGCAACAGCAACAUUGACGACAGCAGCAACUCCCCCAUCAAAGCGAUAAAGCUACGCCCCGAGGAUCAUCGUGUGCAUAGAUCUCCACUGCCCAUCAGCGCGCAUCAAGCCAACACACACCACACACACACACAGGCCAACUUUUUUUUUUGCGUCAACCCCAUCACUCCACCCCACACAAUGUCGCCCCCCGUCGCGCUCGCCGACUCGGCAGUCUCGUCGCCCUUCCCCCAGAGCCCCAAGGAGUCGCCCAAGCUCGCUGCCAACGGCAACGGCGCCGAGGUGCCCUGCUUCCUCUCGGACCGCGCCAAGGCGACGCAGAUUGACGGCAUCCGUGGCCUCCUUCCGUUCGAGACUGAGGGCGUUGUUUCUUUCCUCGCCGGCAAGCCCAACCCCACGACCUUCCCCUUCGACUCGAUCACGCUCAACCUCAAGGCGCCGGUCGGCGGCGGCGACAUCCCGCCCGCGAUCACGAUCGACGGCGAGGACCUCGACGCCGCGCUCCAGUACGGCCCUAGCGCGGGCCUCACCAAGAUCCGCAACUGGCUCAGCGACCUCCAGGAGCAUGUGCACAAGCGCAAGCCUGGAAACUGGACCAUCUCGAUGGGCUCUGGCUCGCAGGAUCUGAUGAGCAAGGGCUUCGCCGCGCUCCUCAACCCCGGCGACCCGAUCCUCGUCGAGACCCCCGUCUACUCGGGCGUCCUGCCCGCCCUCCGCCAGCUCAACGCGCAGACCAUCGAGGUCGGCGUCGACGAGGAGGGCCUCUCGGCCGUCAAGCUCGAGGAAGUGCUCGCCAACUGGCCCGCCGACAAGAAGCGCCCCCGCGUCAUCUACUCGACCCCCGUCGGCUGCAACCCCUCGGGAUGCUCGGCGUCGGCGCAGCGCAAGCGCGACGUCCUCCAGGUCAUGAAGAAGUACGACCUCCUCAUGAUGGAGGACGACCCGUACUACUUCCUCACGGUCGACCUCAUCCCCUCGUACUUUGAGCUCGAGCCCGAGGUGUUCCCCAACGGCGGCCACGUCAUCCGCUUCGACUCGUUCUCCAAGCUGCUGUCGGCUGGUCUGCGUCUCGGCUACGCCACGGGCCCCAAGGACAUCCUGCACGCCAUCGACGUCCAGCACGCCGGCUCCAACCUGCACACGUCGUCGCUGUCCCAGGCGACCGCGCUCCGCCUCCUCCAGCACUGGGGCAUCGACGGCUUCCUCAACCACGCCACCAACGUCGCAAAGUACUACCGGGACCGCCGCGACCUGUUCGAGGCCGCCGCGCACAAGUACCUUGACGGCUUGGCGACGUGGGUCUCGCCUAUCGCGGGCAUGUUCCUCUGGAUCGACCUCAGCCCCGCCGGCAUCACCGACUCGUACUCGCUCAUCCGCAACGAGGCGCUUGCGAAGGGUGUGCUCGCCGUGCCUGGCCAGGCCUUCUUCCCCUCGGGCCGCCCAAGCACCCACGUCCGUGUGUCCUUCUCGAUUGUCGAUCUUGAGAAGGAGGCGCCCCUUGGUCUCCAGCGCCUCGCCGAGGCCAUCAAGGACAAGCAGAAGGAGCUCGGCGUCAAGGCCUAGGCGCGGUGAAGUGUGUGGCGUGGCGUAUCCGUAUUCAUACAAAAGGAGGACAGUCGGCGUAGAUAGGGUAGAUUGAUUUGAUGUCAUGUAUUGUGCUUG